AUGACUGUCCAGAAACUCGUGGCCAUAGCUGUGCUGGUGGCCUUGGUUUCCCUCAUCCUCAACAAUGCAGCUGCCUUCACCCCCAACUGGGUGUACCAGACAUUGGAGGAUGGGCGCAAGCGCAGUGUGGGGCUGUGGAGGUCCUGCUGGCUGGCGGACAGGGGCCGGGGUGGCCCUAGUCCUGGGGCCAGAGCUGGGCAGGACUGUGAGAUGCUAGGCUGGGGCUCGGAGUCGGCAGGUUUCCAGGAGUCUCGAGGCACUGUCAAACUACAGUUUGACAUGAUGCGUGCCUGCAACCUGGUGGCCACAGCAGCGCUGGCUGUAGGUCAGCUCACCUUUGUUCUAGGGCUGACAGGCCUGACUCUGAUGUCACCUGAGUCCCAGUGCUGGGAGGAGGCCAUGGCUGCUGCAUUCCAGCUGGCAAGCUUUGUGCUGGUUAUUGGUCUGGUGACAUUCUACAGAAUCGGCCCCUAUACCAACCUGUCCUGGUCCUGCUACCUGAACAUUGGUGCCUGCCUCCUGGCCACCCUGGCAGCUGCCAUGCUCAUCUGGAACAUUCUUCACCGAAGGGAAGACUGCAUGGCACCCCGGGUGAUUGUCAUCAGCCGUUCCCUCACAGCUCGGCUCCGCCGGGGGCUGGACAAUGACUAUGUGGAGUCUCCGUGCUGAGUUACCCUUCUCAGGACGUCACUGGUGAAUAUCCACUCUAAUGGAAUAGUCUAGAAACCAACAGGCUUUCCUAGGCCCUGCUUAUGCAAAGGCAUGGGAUAAGUCUGGGUUACCUAUACACAACAUGUACGAUACUCAUGUACAUUUAAUAUGUUAUAUAAGAAUAUAUCAUAUGUUUACGUAUUAUGUGCAUCACUCUACUCCUGACAGCAUCUUCCUUGGCUGGCGCAAUGUGGCUUCACAUCAUGCACGUUUCCAGGGUGGAGAUGAGAGCCUGAGAUGGGCAGGAGGUGGUGUGGGUGCCCUGCUCUCUACCUUUGUUUGGGAUUAAUUUAUUCUGCAUCUGCUAAGAGGGUGUUCUUGGUUACAUUUUACUUUUAUAAAGCAGAACACUAAGGAAGCUUUUCAUGAAGUGUCCAUGACAUUCCUUGAGUGAAUCAGAAUUUAUAACCAGGCAGCAAUGGUUUUAUGCCAGAAUUAGGUUAGUAGUGUAUGUUGUGUUCCUGAUCAUUUUUCUAAAUUAAAAUAAAUGCAAACUUCUUAACUCUAAA